AUGCCGAAAGCAGAAGUCGGCUCGACAAAGCACCUGAGCAACAAGCUCAAGAGCAAAGGCCUCCAGCGGCUGCGCUGGUACUGCCAGGUCUGCGAGAAGCAGUGCCGCGACGAGAACGGCUUCAAGAUGCACACGCAGUCCGAGUCGCACGUGCGGCAGAUGCUCGUCGUGGGCGAGGACCCGAAAAAGUUCCUCAACGAGUACAGCAACCAGUUCCUCCGCGACUUCACGCAGCUGCUGCGCACGGGGCACGGCGAGAAGCAGGUGCAGAUCAAUCACUUUUACCAGGAGUACAUUGCCAACAAGGAGCACGUGCACAUGAACGCGACAAAGUGGCCCAGCUUGACCGAAUUUGCGAAGCACCUGGGGCGGGAAGGCAUCUGCCGCGUCGAGGAGAACGAGAAGGGUAUUCACAUUGCGUGGAUCGAUAACUCGCCAGAGGCGCUCAAGAGGCAAGAGGCGUUGAGGAGGAAAGAGGCCCAGGAUCGGGGCAAUGAGGAGGUGGAGCAGAUGAUGAUCCGUGAGCAGAUCAAGAGGGCGCAGAAGGCAGCCGAGGCGAGGGGUGAGAAGCCCGAUGACGAAGAAGGGCGGGAGAGGGGGCUGCAGAGGACGGAAGGAGAGAAGGUGUCGUUGUCGUUCGGCGCCAAGCCUGCGGCGGCGAAGAAGGAGCCCAGCCCAACGGGAGCGCAGUCCAAGUCUGCCGAUCCUGAGGUCUCGACUACAGCGACGAAUACAGUGGCGUCCGAGAAGACAGAGGACAAGCCUGUCGAGAAGCCGUCUCUCGGAGGCGGUCUAUCGCUCAAGAUGACGGCGAAACCUCAGACCAAGAAUGUGUUUGCGCAGGCGAAGAAGAACGCGCUGGUGGGCGGCGCGAAGAAAUCUGCCUUUGAGCAGCCGAAGAAGAUGAGUGAGGCGGAAAGGAUCAUGAAAGAGGACAUGGAGAGGCAGAAGGGGAAACGACCACGAGACGGAUCCGGGUCUGGUUUUGGCGGGUUUGCGUUCAAGAAGCAAAAGACGGAUCAGCGGUGA